UCAGACAGCCACACUGUGAAAACCCUAGGUCAUUUCUAUUUCUUCUUUCUCUGUCCCACACUUUCCCUUGUUCCUUCUCUCAACCUCUUUGCAAAGAAGCCAUGGCGACGGCAGCAGCACCGACACGGACUCUGUCCCAAAAGGAAUUGGAUAUACAGAUGAUGUUGGCAGCCGAAGUUCACCUCGGCACUAAGAACUGCGACUUCCAGAUGGAACGCUAUGUUUUCAAGCGCCGCAAUGAUGGAAUUUAUAUUAUCAAUCUUGGGAAGACUUGGGAAAAACUUCAACUGGCUGCUAGGGUUAUUGUUGCCAUUGAGAACCCGCAGGACAUUAUUGUCCAGUCUGCGAGGCCUUAUGGUCAAAGAGCAGUCCUCAAGUUUGCUCAAUACACUGGUGCUCAUGCUAUUGCCGGAAGGCACACUCCUGGUACAUUCACUAACCAGCUCCAAACAUCUUUCAGUGAGCCUCGUCUGUUGAUCCUCACUGAUCCCAGGACUGAUCACCAGCCUAUUAAGGAAUCUUCUCAUGGAAACAUUCCCACUAUUGCAUUCUGUGACACGGAUUCUCCCAUGCGAUAUGUGGAUAUCGGUAUUCCUGCUAAUAACAAAGGAAAGCACAGUAUUGGAUGCCUAUUUUGGCUGCUGGCAAGAAUGGUUCUGCAGAUGCGUGGCACUAUUCCUCAAGGGCAUAAGUGGGAUGUUAUGGUGGACUUGUUCUUCUACAGGGAACCUGAGGAAACCAAGCAACAGGAAGAAGAGGAAGCGGUGCCUGUUGCUGAUUAUGCACUACCUUCUGCUGAUUAUGGGCUUUCUACCGCUGAGUGGGGCGCCCAAAUUGCUGAGGGCCAAUGGACUGCUGAAGCAGCUCCACCGCCUAUUGCUGCUGUUCCUACUGAAAACUUCUAUCCAGAUCAAGCAGGUGGAUUCUCCACAGAAUGGGAUGCUGCAGCUCCUCCACCGCAAUUUGCAGGUGCUGCAGCUCCUCCACCGCAAUUUGCAGGCGCAGCAGCCACCACCCCUGCUCCUACUGGCUGGGAUGUGUAAAGCAAGAGAAAUUUUUUUAUGCAUAUUAAAUAUUUAUUAGAUUGUUUUUUUGAGGGAUUACGAACAUCAAAGUUUUUGAAAGUUUUGACAUUUACCUUAUUUAGUGAUGCUAUUUUCUUAUUUUCAAUAAUUAAAUUUUCCAGCUUUUUGAAUGUUGAUAAAGUGAAUGACAAAUAUAUUAUGUGGAAAAAGGUGGAAUGGAAUUAUGACUACACCGAUUGAAAGUU